CACAACUAGGAAGUAGACAAAACAAGGGUAGCCGGCUCAUGUAAUGCUAUGCAGGAGAAAUAAAAAUUAAAUAUGUCCUUGACAGCCAGUGUGUGGAUGCUGUUUUUUGUGGGUUUAUGGGGCCGCACCAAACCUCUCGACAACGGCCUAGCGAGGACCCCCACGAUGGGUUGGCUGCACUGGGAGAGGUUCAUGUGUAACACCAACUGCGACGCCGAUCCGGAUAACUGCAUAAGUGAACGUCUGUACAUGAUGAUGGCAGACGUCAUGGCGGCAGAGGGCUGGAGGGAAGCCGGCUACCAGUACGUCUGCAUUGACGACUGCUGGAUGAGUAAAAGUCGAGACGCCGGGGGGCGCCUGCAAGCGGACCCCCGCAGGUUCCCGGGGGGCAUCAAAAAACUGGCCGACUAUGUGCACUCCAAGGGUCUUAAAUUGGGCAUUUACGCAGAUGUUGGCACAAGCACCUGUGCCGGAUACCCUGGCAGCCUGGCUCACUACGACACAGACGCCCAGACUUUUGCUGAGUGGGAAGUCGACCUGCUCAAGUUUGACGGCUGCUCCAUGGACACCACUUUGCUUGAGGAAGGCUAUGUGAACAUGUCCAAAGCACUGAACAGAACUGGAAGACCCAUCCUAUAUUCCUGUGAGUGGCCUUUGUAUGAGUGGCCUUCCCAAAAGCCUAACUACAACACCAUUGCAGAGACGUGCAACCAGUGGCGCAAUUUCGCAGACGCCUACGAUUCAUGGAGCAGCGUCAAGUCCAUCUUGGACUGGACUGCUACUCACCAGGACAUUAUUGUCCCCUCAGCUGGUCCCGGCGGCUGGAAUGACCCAGAUAUGCUGGUGAUUGGGAACUUUGGCCUGAGUCGUGACCAGCAAGAGUCCCAAAUGGCGCUAUGGGCCAUCAUGGCGGCACCACUGCUCAUGUCCAAUGACCUGAGGUCCAUCUGUCGCCACUCGAAGGAGCUGCUGCAGAACCGCCACAUCAUCGCCAUUAGCCAGGACGAGCUGGGCAAGCAGGGAUACCGCACAGCCAAGGUGGACCAUUUUGAGGUGUGGGAGAGACCUCUGUCUCAAGGCUGGCUUGCCAUAGCAGUACUCAAUGCACUGGAGAUAGGAGGCCCACGCAGGUUCUCCUUAAAAGCGGCUCCUGGCUGGAAGACGUGCACACCGCUUUGCAACAUCACCCAGAUUCUGCCCCAGUAUGAGGAGGUCGGGGUUCAAAUUGGACACCAGGUGUCAGUUAACCCUUCAGGCACCGCUCUGCUUGUCAUCAUGCCCAUCAGCAUGAAAAAGCAUGACCAAAGAUUCCUUAAAAUGCAGUGGUCUGAAAAACAGACUCUUCUCUAGACAAAAUAAUAAUAAUGAUACAAAUAAAUCCUUUUCUCAUUAUAAUCGGUGCAGAGUUGAGAUGAUCUGCUAUUUUAGGUGACCAACUUGUCAGUAUAGCUUGCUGCGCUGGUUUCCAUAAUAGUAUAGCUUGCUGCGCUGGUUUCCAUAAUGAGCAUCACAAUAUUCACAGUGAAGAUGACCGAGAAGCAGAAUGGUUAAUUUUAACACAUUUAUUGAAAAUUGUGACAACUUGACCCAGAAGAGUGGCCCACAGCUUAGAACUGGAUGACCUGGCCCUGUUGAGAGAACACAAGUAUUGUCAGGAGGAGAAAACACAGCUGCUCGAAUAUGUCAAUGGCACAUAUGUCUUUAAGAUGGGGCAAUGGAAAGCAAAUGUUGAAAUGCACAAAUCACUCCACAUCACAUCUCCACUUGUUCUGACCUUUGGUCAGUGAGGCAUGACAAAUGUGCUUUAUUUAUCGUACACUCCUGUUGUUAAAACCUGAGUAAUUUGGAUUUCAAAUCCACUUUUUCUUGUUGCUUGUCCAUGAACUUAAGAGCUUUUGAAUGUUGCCAUUGUGCAAAGGUCAGCUUGAUUUUAAGAAAGCACUAACUUGAAAUAUUGCUGACAUUUAUUCAAACCAUUGUGGUCACCGUUCAAUAAAAGACACUCAACA